GCUGUGAGCACGAAAGACGAUCCAAAGCUACCGUGUUUAACAUUUCGGUUUUGGGUUUUAAGCACUUUUUUCACAUCACUUGGAGCGACGCUAUCAGAAUUCUACUACUUUCGUCCCAACGGAGGCGAUUUCUCUCCAUUUUUCGUUUUACUUGUGUCCUAUGUAUUAGGGAAAUGGAUGGAGAGAGUUAUUCCAACAAGAAAAUACAGAAUUAAGCAAUGGGAGUUUAGUUUUAAUCCAGGCCCGUUCAAUGUUAAGGAACACGUAUGCAUAGCUAUUUCGGCAGCGGCCGGAGGUGGAUCAGCGUACGCAACGGAUAUUAUCGCCAUUCAAGAACUUUUUUACCAUACUAGUGUCAGUUUUAUAAAGGGAUUUCUAUUGUUAAUGAGUACUCAAAUUCUCGGUUAUGGGCUCGCGGGAUUUCUUCGAAAAUACCUUGUUCGCCCAGCAAACAUGAUCUGGCCAACAAAUUUAGUUUACGCUUCCAUGUACAAUACCCUGCACGGCGACGCAUCCGAAACACGUGAAAAACUUCGGUUCUUCUUGAUAACAUUCUCGAUAAUGUUUGUUUGGCAGUUUGUUCCUCAAUAUAUGUUCACUUGGUUGACGAGUAUGGCAUUGUUGUGCCUCAUUGCACCGUAUAGCAGUGUGAUCAAGAAGUUGGGCAGUGGUUAUCGCGGGGUUGGAAUUUUGAAUUUCACACUCGAUUGGAACGCGAUAGGACAACCUGGUCCUUUAUUCACUCCUUGGUGGGCACAAGUAAAUUACUAUUUUGGUAUUAUCGUCGGAGCGUGGAUUAUCGCACCAUUGUUAUAUUGGAACAAUGUCUUAGACGCGCAAAAGUUUCCAUUUUUGGCAACAUAUUCCCUUGACAAAUAUGGAAAUAGGCGAGAAAAAAAUCUACUUUCCAAAUACAUUCACAAAACUACCGGCGUUCUAAAUGUGACGGCAUAUGAGAACUAUAGCCCAGUGUACCUUUCGAUUACCUUUGCCGCUUCCUACUUUUACUCAUUUAUCGCGCUAACUGCGGCAGUUAGCCACGUGUUCUUGUUUUACGGCAAAGAAAUUUUGGAAAGGUUUCAGGCAAGCCGAGAGGAAGAAAAUGAAGACAUUCAUUGCAAGUUGAUGAGGGUUUAUCCAGAAAUUCCAAAUACUUGGUAUGCAUCAAUCUUUGUUGGAAUGUUGAUCAUCGCAAUCAUUCUUGGAUAUACCACCGAGGCCAAUUUACCAUGGUGGGGGUUACUGACAGCCAUCGCGCUAGCUGUGAUCAUGGUCCUUCCAAUCGGUGUCAUUCAAGCAGUCUCGAAUAACCGAGUUGGAUUAAACGUGAUUACCGAAAUGAUUUGUGGUUAUAUAUUGCCAGGUCGUCCAAUUGCCAAUGUUUAUUUCAAGUGCUACGGUUAUAUGGCGAUGUAUCAAUGUCUUUUGCUUGUAUCAGAUUUGAAGUUGGGUCACUACAUGAAGAUUCCACCAAGAUGUAUGUUUACAGCGCAAAUGUGGGGCACGGUUGUAGGUGGAUUUAUAAAUUUUUGGGUACUCAAGCUAAUAAUUACAACGAAAAGAUCAUUUAUCGACGGAACUUUAAACGAUCCGACUGGCCAAUGGACUGGUUAUCAAUCGCAAGUUUUCAAUACUGCAUCAAUUGUAUGGGGAUUGAUUGGACCUGCUAGAACCUUUGGGUCAGAUUCAUUAUACAAUCCACUCCUAUGGGGCUUCCUGAUAGGAUUCAUAGCUCCCGUGCCAUUCUACCUGCUUCACCGUAGAUUUCCUAAAUCUCGGUUUGACCUUGUGAAUGUGCCCAUAAUUUGUGGCGGAUUGGGUUUAUUACCCGGAACCUACACAAAUUUCAUUAUCACGGGAUUGAUCGCAAGUUUCCUGAGUCAAUUUUGGGCUUAUAGAUAUAGGAAUAAGUGGUGGAAAAAAUAUAAUUACGUGUUGUCGGGAGCGUUCGAUAGCGCAACGCAGAUCGCAACGAUGGUCAUUUUCUUCUUCCUCAAUGGUGUUGUCAGGAUUCCGUUUCCUAAGUGGUGGGGAAACGAUACUGCAUCUCAAGGUGAACGAUGCUUUGCGGAUUUGGCCAGUCAAUGA